CAGAAAGUUUUACAUAAAACAUUUUUUAUUUUUGUAGUGGCAGAAGAGUUAAGUGCCUGCCCAGGUUUGCAGGUUUUAGCCCCACUCCGUCUGCCACAGUUGUUGUGCCUUUGGACUAAACACCUCACCUUUCUUGCCUGCUGGUUGUAGUCAAAGGAACAGGUCAAAGGGACAGGUACCAUCGACAUAUAAAUAUUGGACAAUGGGUUUCCAUAGACUCCAAUAACACAUUUUUGAAGAUAAAUGGGAGGUGGCCACCACCGCCAUUUUGACCGUGUCACAGGUUCCGUCAAGCCCAGACAAUUCAACAAAAGGGAAGAGACGUAGAGCUGAGGGUGUGGCUGUGAGGCUGGGAUCAACUGACGACACCCGGCCGAACUAGCUACAAGCUAACCUGAAGCUAACCCAAAGCUAACGCGGAGGUGGGAGCUAAGCUAACAGAGGUAGAAACCUAGCUACAACCGGAGUUAACUGUGCACAACACCAGAGCUUCUGGUAAUCCCUAUUGUUCAUAUGGUCUGAUCAGCCAGUGUGUACAUAUACCCUUGUGUGUCUUUGUUUGAAAAGGUCAGUUAUGGUUUCAGUCAGUCAGUAUGUUAAGUUAGAAGUUUAUUGAGUUUCAGUUUGUUUGUUUGACCUCUUUUAUGAGCUCGAGCUGUUUUUGUGAGGAUAUUUUAAAACAAAAAGGAAAUUAAAGAAUCUCUAUUUUUGGAAAUUGCCUGUGUUCCUCCACUCAUUUGGCUUGAUCCCUCACAUUUGGUGUCAAGAGUGGGAUAAUUAAGCUCCAGGUUGAUAAAGUUCAUGCAAUCGAAACAUGUCCUGUUCCACAGACUAGGAAGCAGUUGCGGUCGUUCCUUGGGAUGGCCUCAUUUUACCACGGAUUUGUCCCCAACUUUUCUGCAAAGGCAGCGCCAUUGACUGAUAAGACGGGCUCACAUAGCCCCAACAAAAUCCGGUGGACUGCGGAGGCCCGGGCAGCUUUUCAAGACAUUAAGCAUUCCUUGAGUGUGGAACCAGUCUUGUACUCUCCAGACUUUCAGAGAGACAUCAUUCUGCGGACUGAUGCUUCUGAGAGGGGUUUGGGGCAGUCCUUCUACAAGGAACAUCAGAGGAGCUGCAUCCUGUGACUUACAUCAGUCGCAAGCUGUAGGCCCGAGAGAGAUGCUAUGCAACAGUGGAAAAAGAGGCCUUGGCCAUAAAGUGGUCUCUGGAUUAAUUUAAGUACUAUCUGCUGGGGAGAGAAUUCACUCUUCAAACGUAUCAUAAGGCACUCGAAUGGCUUAACAGAAUGAAGGAUACUAAUUGGCGCAUAACCCGAUGGUAUCUUGCCAUUCAACCAUUCAGAUUCAAGGUUCAACAUAUCCCUGGCAGAGAAAAUACCACAGCCGACUACCUCUCACGCUGUGAGGACAACGGAGUGGGGGGGCAUGUGAUGGCCACAUCCAUGUCCACACAACUGUGAACGUUAGUACACUCACGCACUUUUAUGAUUUCAGUUUUUAUGUUUAUAUUUCUUGGGAUUUAUUGUUUAGAUGGCUUAAAUGCAUUAGUUCUAAUUGUAAGAGCACACAUUUAGUUAACUGCUGUAUUUUAUGCCUUUCAUUUGUUCAAUUUAAGUUGAUUUGUUUUCUCUUACCGGUGCUGAGAGGUUCUCCACUUCCUGCUUCCUGAGAUGGGACAGGCAAACAGGGUUGAAGGGGUUCUGUCAGCUAAAUAAAGGAGGAGCUGAUGGGACCAAAUCAGUAGCUCCCUGAAGAGGGGACUGAAGAAUUUCCUUUAUUUUAUUAUUUUGUCAUUUGUUAAUUACUUUAAGUUUGAAGUUAAAUAGUUAGGUUUAUGGGUUAGGGUGUUUAGGUUUAUUAACAAUCUGACUGUACUGAUUUGUGGUUUUAGUUUUAGUUAGUAAAUCUUUGUCUAGUAAUCCCUAUUGUUCAUAUGGUCUGAUCAGCCAGUGUGUACAUAUACUCUUGUGUGUCUUUGUUUGAAAAGGUCGGUUAUGGUUUCAGUCAGUCAGUAUGUUAAGUUAGAAGUUUAUUUAGUUUCAGUUUGUUUGUUUGACCUCUUUUAUGAGCUCGAGCUGUUUUUGUGAGGAUAUUUUAAAACAAAAAGGAAAUUAAAGAAUCUCUAUUUUUGGAAAUUGCCUGUGUUCCUCCACUCAUUUGGCUUGAUCCCUCACAUGAUGUAUCUUUGUCUUUUCGUUAUCUCCCCCCUCCCUCCUCUCUCACAAGCGGAUGCAGUAGCGUGUUCGGCGUUGGGCUGGGCCGGUGGAACCGCACCGGGUUCGGCGUUGGGCCGGGCCGGUGGAACCGCACCGGUGGAACCGCACCGGGUUCGGCGUUGGGCCGGGCCGGUGGAACCGGCGAGACUGCCUCGAGAUUUCACCUGUCUGGACUAACGGAUGAUUUGCUUCAGCUUAAUAUGAAUGUGGACCUAAACUCCUCCAACAUGUCUGGGAGUGUGAGCACAGGGCAGGACCCCUUUGCGUAUCGAGUCUCUGGCCUGGUUUUCUACGGCGUUGUCUUCGCCGUUGGAGUCAUAGUUAAUCUCACAGCGUUAUGGGUAUUUGCUUUGACGACAAAGAAGAGAAGCUCAGUCACCGUCCACAUGAUAAAUGUUGCAUUGGUAGACCUCACCUUCAUCUUGCUGAUACCUUUCAGGAUGAUCUACCUCCAUAAAGACUACUGGCCUUUUGGAGAUCUUUUCUGCCGAAUCACUGCAGCUCUGAACAUUUUCUACCCUUGCAUGGCCCUCUGGUUGUUUGCACUGAUCAGCACCGACCGCUAUAUGGCCAUCGUGCAGCCAAAGCACGGAAAGGAGCUGAGGAAUGUCCCAAAGGCAGUGGUGGGCAGUUUGGGCGUGUGGCUGAUGACGCUAGGCAGCAGCAUACCCUUGCUCUUCUCUGCUGAAGACCCCGACCGCAUCUCUAACUUCACCACCUGCAUCAAAAUGCAAGACAUCAUCUACAUGCGCCACGACAACCCUGUCAACUUUGUGAGACUCAUCUUCUUCUUCCUGGUGCCCAUUUGUAUAAUGAUAGGCUGCUACAUCGUCAUCGUGGACAAUCUGAUCCACGGCCGCACCUCCAAACUCAAACUGAAGGUGAAGGAGAAGUCCAUCCGAAUCAUCAUCACACUCAUCAUCCAGGUGUUGGUAUGUUUUGUGCCUUUCCACGUGUGUUUGGUGCUCCGACUGUUGGGAAACGGUGAAGACGGUGGGUUCAGCACCUGGGCGGUCUUCACCACAUUCCUGAUGAACACGAGCACGGUGUUGGAUAUCAUCCUAUAUUACAUUGUCUCCAAGCAGUUCCAGGACAGGGUGAUCAGCGUGAUUCUGUACAGGAACUACCUGCGAAGCGUGAGACGCAAAAGCAGGCACACCCACACAGGAAGCAUCAAAUCUCUCAGCAACCUGACCAGCGCCAUGAUAUAAAACUCACACUGCUUCACUGACACUGUACAAAGAACCUAACACUGAGUGUGUACUGUAAAUGAUUAAUUAUCAGAAGGAUCAAAAGACUGCAAUUAGUUUUCAGAGAGUAAUUUACACUCACAGUGUGAGAGAUCUGCUGUUGUGGCAAAAACAGAUGCGUUCAGAGCUGAUUGACUCACCCGUGAGACCGGGGAAGCUUUUUUCUCCUUUCCCCUGCAUCUUUUCACUAGAACACCGAACAUGCGUGCGUGUGUGUGUGUGUGUGUGUGUGUGUGUGUGUGUUGCUCAGGUGUGACACAUGAAGGUGAAAAUGCAGUUUCUAAACACGUAAUCUGACUGUUUGCUUUGUUGAGCACAAACACCGAAACUCCUACGAGUCUUCUCGUUACGUCAGACAGCAAAGAUAAAGAGGCUCAGGCGGCCACAGGAUACAAGGGCACGUUUUUAAAGGUUGCUCCUUUUGUUUGGUGGCUGCUGCACGACUGAAGGUGUCUUCGUCCGUAGCACCUCGGUUCCAACGAGACGGAGUGUGCAAAUAAAGCUAAACAUGUUGCAUUA